CACAUAAUGAAAUAAUACCUCACUCUCAUCCACACCAACACAUCCUCCUCCGCCUCCUCCUCCUCCAUGCAUUCUCCUAUUCCCUCUCUCUUCCUCCUCCUCCUCCUCCUCCUCUUCUUCCUCUGCUUCGCCCAUGGCACCGCCGCCCCCGGCCCCCCGGACCACCCUUGCCGCCCCACAAAGUGCCAUCACGGCCCGCAUGUCAUGUUCCCGUUCUGGCUCGACCACGCCGAGUGCGGCUAUCCGGGCUUCCAACUCUUCUGCGACGAGAAUGGGCGGACUGCGCUCCGGCUCUCGAACACCACCCAAGGGUCGCUACUUGUCAAGUCCAUCAACUACCACUCCCAGUCCGUCCUCCUGCAUGACCCCAACAGCUGCCUCCCCUUCUGGAUCGCCAAUCUCAGCCGCCUUGGCUUCGCAUACUCGUACCCGCACACCUACACCUACAACUACACCCUGUUCAAGUGCCCGCCGCCCCAGAGGACCAGCCUGAUCGAGGUGCGUUGCCAGAGCCAGCCCGGGCCGGAUAGAGUCUACGCCGUUUACUCCGACGAAUCUGUCGGAGACUCGCCGCUUGUGUACUGCGAGAGGAACGGGAAACUCGACUGGCUGCCGGAACGGAUCGAUCUCAUCAUCGCCGAGGCUCGUUUUAACUGGAAAGAGCCGGACUGUAGGAGUUGCAGGCACAAUGGGUCGUUGUGUGGACGGAACGGGAGCGACAUCAUAUGCUUACCGCCUCCUCGUGGAUACCCGGGAAGAACAAGGGCAGAGAUCGCCGGAGGAUUCGUGGGCUCGUCCUUCCUUCUUGCUGGAGUGAUUGGAGUCGGCUAUGUCCUCAACGAAAGGAGGAGAGAUAAAGCAUUCCAACUCAGGAUCGAGGGCUUCUUGCAUGACUAUGAGGCCCUCAAGCCGACCCGUUACUCCUACAACGACAUCAAGAGAAUAACCAACGACUUCGAGGAGAAACUAGGCCAGGGGUCUUAUGGAACGGUCUACAAAGGGAAGCUCUCGAGCGAGAUCUUUGUCGCCGUGAAGAUGCUGGACAAUUCGUUUGGAAACGGGGAGGAGUUCAUCAACGAAGUGAGCACUAUGGGAAGGAUUCACCACGUCAAUGUGGUUCGGAUGGUUGGUUUCUGCGCCGAUGGGUUCCGAAGAGCCUUGGUGUACGAGUUCCUGCCGAACGAGUCUCUGGAGAAGUUCAUAUUUCCGGGCGAAGACGCUCUUGGCCCUUCCCUUAGUUGGGAGAGGCUCCACGACAUCGCUCUCGGAGUGGCUAAAGGCAUAGAGUAUCUUCACCAGGGCUGUGAUCAUAGGAUCCUCCACUUCGACAUCAAGCCGCACAACAUCUUGCUGGAUGACAACUUCAAUCCUAAGAUUGCAGAUUUCGGUCUGGCAAAGUUAUGUUCCAAGGAACAAAGCGCCGUGUCCAUGACCGCAGCCAGAGGUACCAUGGGAUACAUUGCUCCAGAAGUCUUCUCUCGGAACUUUGGAAGCGUGUCCUCCAAGUCUGACGUGUACAGCUUCGGAAUGCUGCUGCUCGAAAUGGUCGGGGGGAGAAAGAACGUCGACGUGAACGCCAAGAACAUGAGCCAGAUGUACUUCCCGCAGUGGGUCUAUAACCAUCUGAAUAAGGGCGAAGAGCUUGAAAUACGAAUCCGAGAGGACGGCGACCACAACAUUGCCAGGAAACUGGCAAUCGUAGGGCUCUGGUGCAUUCACUGGUACCCGGCCGACCGGCCUCCCAUGAAAGCGGUGGUUCUGAUGCUGGAGGGAGAAGAGUGCCCCGUCAUGCCCAAAAAUCCUUUCGUUUCCUCCUCCGGUUCAGGGGAAGCUGCGACCAUGCCGGGAAGACUCUGGAACACUAAUCUGGAAGUCAUCGAGGAAUAAGUCCGAACGACCUUUCGCAGUAUGUCAUCUAAUCUAUCCUCGACCGAAAUGGAUGUGAAACAGUGUGACGGUAAGUAGAGCUGUGAUCAAGAAGCCAUACGUUAAAUGUAGGAACUUUCUCAACCGCGAAAUAGCCUGAAAACCUUCGAUGCGCUCCCACUACUUACAUGUUGUAUCAGAUCCAAUAUGUAUAGAGAAAUUCCUUUCCUCCUAUAUUUCUAACGAGGCUAGCUAUCAUGCAAUACAAGAAUUUAUGUACUUACUGGAAGUUUGUAAUUUAGUAAGUACUUGGAUUUGAUUGCCCGGCGCAAA